AUGGAUGCCAUCAAGCCGAACGCUGAGACAUGGUCCGACACCACACGCUUCAUCCUCGCCAUCACGAGCAAGUAUGUAUGUACACUGGCACUGCCGACAGAUCAAUCUAUCACCGUAUCAAGUCUGCCAGAUCAGGGCGUCUCAGAGACCGUCUUUGACCUCAAUGAAGCGUCAAAGGAAGAUGCGCAGACUUCAGAGCUGCCGGACCUACAGCGCCUGACCAUCGAGGAUGCGCCUCGGCCAAGCGAUGAACAGAUACGCGACAAGGUCCAUGCAAUUCAGCUCGAAGAGAGCGUUCUCGAGAAGGAAGAGCACGACGAGAAGCAGCGGAGAACAGAGAGAGCCCGCUGGAAAGCAGACUGGCUCGCAGCUGUCUGCACACAUCUCAACGUCAAGCGAGAAGCGCUACCUGAUUCGCCACGACUCGAGGAGCUCCGUCCGCUGCUCUCCUCGCUGCCGAGCAACUCCCAAAUACACAACGAGAUUGUGUCUGAUCUCGUACUCGUCAGUCUUGGACUGGCAGGCAAAGCCGUCGACCCUAAAGCCCCCGCUCAGCCGGAUUAUACCGCUCUAGCACGCACACUCAUCUUCAGCAUCGCCGCCACGCUCGAUAUUCCUGCCUCUGUCGUGUAUACGUCAGAGAAAGCCAUCGCCCAGCAGCUCUUCUUCAUCCUGCGAGAAGUCACACAGGCAGAGACAGACACAACGCAUGCAACGAUGGACGAGACCUCGCGUAAAGCGAUAGAGAAGCGCAAGACAUCCAAAGCAUGGAAAUGGGCUGCGACGGGCGCCGGCCUUGUGGUAGGCGGCGUAGCCAUCGGUCUGACCGGCGGACUCGCCGCACCCGUGCUUGCACCGUUGCUUGUGGGAGCCAGUGCAGGCACCCUUGGCUUUCUCGCCACCUCGGGUGGUGCGAUCCUACUCGGCACGCUCUUUGGCGUUGCUGGCGGCGGUCUCACAGCGUUCAGAGCGCGAAGGAGGAUCCAAGGCAUCGACGAAUUCGAGUUUCAUCAGAUUGUGGACGAUCCAGAGUUGCCUCAGAUACCCAGUCUGCACGCCACUAUUGUCUGCACCGGCUUCAUGACAAAGGAGAACGACUAUAUCGAUCCUUGGCGGCCUACAUGCAACCACACUUUAGACCGAAGGGACGUCUAUGCACUCAAGACUGAAUCCGCCGCGUUCCUUUCGGCCGGCAAGGAUCUAGAUACCUACGUGAGGGAUUACGUUCUCAUGAAGGGCGCCACGGAAGUCGUCAAACGGACGGCGCUGGCGGCCUUUUAUACUGCCGUCGCUUUGCCGGCUGCCAUCUACAAGAGCGCGGGCACCGUACUCGACAAUCAAUUCAUCCGGACUAGGGACAAAGCAAAUAAGGCGGGCAUUUUGUUGGCCGACGUGCUGGAGCAGCGCGUCCAAGGCGCACGCCCGACGACGCUCAUCGGUGCAGGCUUGGGCGCAGUCAUUGUUUUCCGAGCACUCAUCGAGCUGCACAGUCGCGGUCUAGCUCAUCUCCUCUUUGACGUCAUUCUCAUCAGCGCACCUCUAUCACCUUCGCCGGCAGAAUGGGCGAAAGCGCGUCAUGUCGUUUCGCGCCGUCUCGUCAAUGCCUAUUCGAGCAACGACUAUGUUCUCGCUAUCGUCGUCCGACUACACUCGCUCGUUUCGACACAGCUCACUUUGCGCGUGGCAGGCCUGCAGCCUGUGGGAAUUGAUGGCGUGGAGGACGUCAAUGUCAGCGAGAUUGUGGGCGGCCACAUGGAGCUCCUGUCCAAGCUUGAUCAACCCAGUCUGUUGGCACACGAACUCAAGAGCAGGUUCACCUUGCUCGCACGGUCGCUGUCGGGUCUACCUCGAUCCGCACCAUACGCUCCUUUUCGAGCUCGAACUCCGCAGAGAGCAAGCUUCGCGAGCAGCAUGGCCUCAUCCGUGGACAGGAAGCGAGCGUCAGCAUCCCCGGAUGCAAAGGUCUCACAAGAUGCGACGUUACCAGCGAAGAAGCGCCGAGUAGUCAAGGAUUCGUCCGAAGAAGCGGAAGAGCCAUCAUCGACCAAUGGCAAAGGAAAGGCGAAAGCCGUCGCGGCCAUUUUCCAGCCCAAAGCCAAGGCCUCAAGCACCAAGGCGGAAGAGCCGACGUCGGCCUCAACAUCAAGAUCAUCCCCCGAACAAGGCUCGUCCGAGGAAUCAGAAGAGACCGACAGCGAGGAGGAAGCCCAGGUGGAAGAUGAAAGUAAGGAACGCAAGCAGGACAAGGUACAGGCUGUCAAACUAGCCGAGAUAUUCACCAAAAAGAAGAUUGGUGCCUCGACAGAGAUUGGCGGGCACAACGUCCUCGAUUGGAAAGCGGGCGACCCCGUGCCGUACGCGUCUUUGGUCAAAACAUUCCAGCUCAUCGAAGGAACGUCGAAGCGGCUCGAGAUCAGCGCCUUCCUGUCAGCCUAUCUGCUUGCAGUCAUCCAGCGCUCGCCAGAAGAUCUCACCCGGGUUGUCUAUCUCUGCAUCAACAGACUUUGUCCGGACUAUGAAGGACUGGAGCUCGGCAUUGGGGAGGGACUCCUUCAGAAAGCGAUAGCAGAGGCAACAGGGCGCGGUCUAGCCCAAGUCAAGGCAGACUAUGUCAAGACAGGCGAUCUUGGCCUGGUCGCCCAGAGCUCACGAAAAGUUCAGCCGACAAUGUUCAAACAAAAGCCGCUUGAUGUGCGCGUCGUCUUCAAAAAUCUCAAGGACAUUGCUGCUGCAUCUGGCCAAAACUCACAAGCGAAGAAAACGGGCAUCAUCAAGAAGCUCUUAGCCGGCUGCGAGGGCAGCGAGGCGAAGUUCGUCAUCCGGUCGCUCGAAGGCAAACUUCGAAUCGGCCUUGCCGAGCGCACGGUGCUCAUCGCGCUCGCCACUGCGGUCGUGAGACAUGAGAUAGAGCAGAGUGGCAAAAAGAUCAGCCAGGCAGCAUUGGAGCAGCGCAUAGAAGCCGGCCAGGAUAUGAUCAAGCAGGUCUUUAGCGAGCUCCCGUCGUAUGAUAAGAUCGUUCCUGCUCUGCUUGAGCAAGGCAUCGACAAGCUGCAUGAUGUCUGCGCUCUCACUGCAGGCAUACCACUGAAGCCUAUGCUAGCAAAGCCGACGAAAGCCAUCACUGAAGUACUGGACAGAUUUGAGGGCCAGGACUUUACCUGCGAGUAUAAGUACGAUGGCGAGCGAGCCCAAGUGCACAUGCUAGAAGACGGUUCGAUCAAAGUGUUUUCUCGCAACUCAGAGGAUAUGUCUAUCAAAUAUCCCGAUCUCGUCGAACAGCUGCCUCGCUGCAUCAAACCGAGCGUCAAGUCAUUCGUCAUCGACGCGGAGUGUACUGCAUGGAGCAAGGACGAGAAACGGCUUCUACCGUUUCAGGAGCUCAGCAAACGCAAGCGCAAAGGCGUCAAGAUCGAAGACGUCACCGUUCGCGUCAAGUUAUUCGCCUUUGACCUGCUUUAUUUGAACGGCGAGACACUUCUCAAGACGGAUCUCGACUCGCGCCGGAAGCUACUACGGGAACACUUCAGUCCAGUAGCUAACGAAUUUGAUUUUGCAACGUCCGCCGAUGCUUCUGACGUAGAACAUAUUCAAGCAUUCUUGGAUGAGAGUAUCAAACAAGGCUGCGAAGGCUUGAUGGUCAAAAUGCUGCACGGUCAAGGAGCAUACUACGAACCUAGCCGACGCAGCAUGAAUUGGCUCAAGGUCAAGAAGGAUUAUCUGCAAGGCGUAGGCGAUUCUUUUGACCUGACGGUGAUCGGAGGUUACCACGGCCGUGGCAAACGGACGGCAGUCUAUGGCGCUUUCUUACUUGCUUGCUACGAUCCAGACUCGGAAUCCUACCAAGCCGUCUGCAAGCUCGGCACAGGGUUCAGCGAAGAAGCCCUCGACAGCCAUUACACCGUGCUGAAGCCUCACGAAUGUGGCAAGCGAGGAUAUUAUGAGGUCGGAACAGCUACGCCAGAUGUCUACUUCGAGCCCAGGGUGGUUUGGGAAGUCUUGGCGGCCGAUCUCUCUCUGAGCCCAGUCUACACGGCUGCGCGCGAGCAACUCGGCGGCGAACGCGGCGUGUCGCUCCGUUUCCCUCGCUUCAUUCGCAUUCGGGAUGACAAGGGCGUUGAGGAUUCCACGACGCCAGAAUUCAUCGCUGAAGCCUAUCAACGUCAGGCUGUCACUGUGAACGGGAAACGCAAGACCGCGGACGAGGACUUGUACUAG